UCGUUUUACGUCUCGAACUCAGCUUCCGCUUCGCACGGUUUGUCAUUGAUGCGCGGUGGAGGCUUGGAGAGGGAGCGCGCGCAAUAGAGAGAGGAGGAGGAGGAGGAGGAGGGGGGGUGCGCGACGUAGAAUUGACAAGGCUAGAGACUGGGAGAGAGAGGAGGGAAGAAGGAGGUGACGGACCUGCUCCUCUGGGACUCGGCUGCAGCUUACUGCUAGGUGCUAUCAGCAGGGUCGGCUCACAAAACGGUCUUGGGCUGCAAAAUGCGCAAUAAGGCACCGAGUUGCGCCUUGUAGCCGUCACAGAGCUCCACUAGGGUCUCCACGGUCGCGGCUCCGCUCAUAGGAAAUCUGGACUAACUGUGAGAGGAGGAAAAAAAAGGAGGAUUCAUGGAGAUUCUGUGCGGCUUCAUCGAGUAAAACGUCUGGAUUAUCUGAUUCGGGGAAAGGACAGUGAACGUUUUCAAGACGUGGAGGGGUUUCUCUGACGUGCCACCGCCGUGUCCAGCGACGUGUUUUUUUUUUGUUUUUGUUUUUAGCUGGGACAGUAGUUUUCGGAGCUCCGGUUAUGGCGGACCAAGAGGAGACUUUUGGUCUUCAAAACUCGCCCGGUGGCUCGGAUUCAAGGGAAUUACAGAACGAUAAUAAAUCAGAGAAACAGAACGGGACCUCAAGCAAAUCCCCGUCGUCACAGACAACUUACAUUCAGCAGGGAAUGGAGGGAAUAAAAGUCUACCUGCACGAGAGGGAACUCUGGACAAAGUUUCACGAGGUGGGGACGGAGAUGAUCAUCACCAAAGCUGGAAGGCGAAUGUUCCCCAGCUUCAAAGUGAAGGUCACGGGACUAAACCCCAAAACUAAAUAUAUUCUCCUCAUGGAUGUCGUUCCUGCGGAUGACCAUCGAUACAAAUUCGCCGAUAAUAAAUGGUCUGUGACUGGCAAAGCAGAGCCCGCCAUGCCCGGCAGGCUCUACGUCCACCCGGACUCUCCCGCCACGGGGGCGCACUGGAUGAGGCAGCUCGUCUCCUUUCAGAAGCUGAAGCUGACCAACAACCACCUGGACCCGUUCGGACACAUCAUCCUAAAUUCGAUGCACAAGUACCAACCGAGGAUCCACAUUGUGAAGGCAGAUGAAAAUAACGGCUUUGGCUCUAAAAACACGGCCUUCUGCACCCACGUCUUCCCCGAGACAGCCUUCAUUGCUGUUACGUCCUAUCAGAACCAUAAGAUAACCCAGCUGAAGAUUGAGAACAAUCCAUUUGCAAAAGGCUUUCGUGGAAGUGAUGACAUGGAACUGCAUCGGAUGUCCAGGAUGCAAAGUACCAAGGAGUAUCCAGUAGUGCCUCGCAGUACAGUGCGCCAGAGAGUGGGCUCCAGCCAAAGCCCGUUCAGUGGGGAGGUCCAGGGCAUGGCCACCCCAAGCACCCUGAGCUCCCAGUACUCCCAGUGUGAGAAUGGGGUCACCAGCACCUCACAGGACAUGCUGCCUCAGUCAGGCUCCUACCCCCUGCCACAUGAGCACAGUCAGGAGUACCACUGCAUCAAGAGGAAAGUGGAGGAUGACUGUCACUCAGGUGAGCACGGCUAUAAGAAGGCCUAUCUGGAGAGCUCGUCCAGAGAGGAGGACCAUUACUACCGUCCUGUUGGCUACUCCCAGAGCCUCAGCCUGGCCGGAGGGCCCUACCGCAGUGAAUCCAGUCAGCGGCAGGCUUGUAUGUACGCCAGCGCCUCGCAGGGCGCUGAGCCUGUUCCUAGUUUGGAGGACAUCAGCUGCAACACUUGGGCCAGUGUUUCACCCUAUGGGAGUUGCUCCGUCACCACCAUGCAGCCAAUGGAGCGGCUGCCCUACCAGCACUUCUCCGCUCACUUCACCUCAGGGUCCCUGGUGUCCAGACUUGGCGGGGUUGGCGGUCACGCCUCUCCACAGCUGGGUGAUGGCCACCAUGCUGCCAUGUACCAGAGCUCCAUGACUCACCAGACUCUGGGCCGCCAGUGCAGUCCUGGUGCUGGGAUCCAGUCGCCAACGGCCGGCCUACAGGGAAACGAGUACCUCUAUGCACACGGCAUACCACGUACACUUUCACCACACCAGUACCACACUGUGCACAGUGUCAGCAUCAUGCCAGAGUGGAAUGAGAACAGCUAAAAGAGCCUUUUUCACACUCAAAAUAUAAAAUAUUAUAGGAGAAAAAGAAACAAAAAGGACCAAAAUAAGGCAGGGUUUAGAUGAAUUUAUAUUUAUAUUUUUAGAGGAUGUGUUGCUUAUCAUCUUAAUGAGAUCAGUGUUGGUUCCCUGAAAGCAGUGGAUAUUUGUAAGAUGGUGUUAGGUAGGAAAGCAAGUAUCUUAUCACUUAAUUUGUUGUGAGAGCAGCUGCACUUAUAAAAAUCACGAAUAUGAACGAAGAGGAGAUGGACCAGAACAGAUGCAGAGACUGCUCAGGUGCAGAAAACGUAAACGCAGCGGAAAAAUUCAGAAACUGAACAGAAGAAAAAAAAAUUUCUUCAGAUGCUUUGCCAGCAGUUCCCAAGUUGACGGCGUUCUUGUGUGCUGGUGUUUUUGGAUGUGAGUGUUUCCGAGACAAAUGAAUAUGUUUUCGUUUUUUAACGGGUACAAAACUCUUGUUUUGUAUUCACGUCCCGAAUUUAUGUAAAAAAGAAAAAAAAAAAGGACAUUUGUCUUCUGUCACAUUAUCCCAAGUUCUCAUUUGUCUUUUAAGUUUUUGUAGUUAACAACUUUCUUUGUAGUGAAAUUGCUAUAAGUUAAAAAAUGAAUAAGCAGAUGGGAGUUUUUGUUGUGGCUCUUGUUGAAUUUGCUUGCUCUUAAAUCUCAGAAGUGUUUUUUUGUUUUUUGUUUUUUUUUUUCCUGUUACUGGGUACAUUUACAUGCACAUCAAGAAUUAAAUUGCAAUGCCACUAUGAGGAACAUAAAAAUCACAAGUAAGACAGCACGUCAGUUAAAUUGUUUACUCAUGUAGGGUUAUUAAGGGCAAAUGACCUCCCUCAGCAUUCAAACUGGCCACAGUCACAGGUGAGCUAUACAAGAUAAAACACAGAAGUGUAGCCAGAAGCAUUUUUUAAUCCGGACCUCACUUUCUCAGCUUUUCAGCAACUUUAUACCCCUCAGUUUGUAGGGUGCAACACACUCCAGUGUGGCCCAGUCAAGCUGUGACAUCACUCAACCCCAGAAGAACCAAUGAAAUGCUUCCAAAAAUAAAAUGUAUUUUUGGUUGAUUGACAGAUUACUGUUGGAUAUGAACAAUCCAACAGGUAAAAAAUGAAAUACAGCAUAAAAUGUUGCCUUGUUCUUCAAAAAUGGAAAAAGACUAGCAGUCAUUGCAGCCAUAGCAGCAAUUGUCAAUAUCACUAUCCACUAAUCAAUAUUUUGCAGUAAAACAAAUCACCAGUGAAAAUUAGAGCUCUAGUCAUCGUGUGGCCGGAACACAACACCAGUGAAUGUCAAUGUCUCUCUGUGUCUUCUGGAUGUAAUUAGCCAACGGGUUGCUAACACAUUACAACUUUAUAAGGUGAUAAUAUGUCAGGGCUGUGGGUUUGUCACCUUUUGUGUGGCAUUUUUCUGCCCCCAAGUGGCCAAAAAAUCAUUAUUGCAGCUUUAAUUGGUGUAAUUAUUUGAUUACGACUGUAUAAAGAUUGGCAGUUGGGUUGUGACUGUCAGUAAGUUCUAACAGCAUGUGUUGAUCACUGUUUCAGUUUGAGCAUUCAGAGCAUUCCUACCUGAUGGAGAGGUUUCCUCUUCAGCUAAGAAAAUAAUGAAAUACAUGUCAGAAACAUAGCAUUUUGGACAAUAACCUACAGAUUUAAAAUAUAUUUAUUGGAGAAACUGAUACCUUCAACUCAUUUUGAUUUGGGUAACAGUCAUUAAUACUGCAAUAAAAAUGUAUUACAGAGAAUCUAAAUACCAAAAACAUGCAAAACAGUUUGCCACACUUGACCAACAUUAUUUCAUCGUUUAUUUAUGCCUUUAUUCAAUAUGAGAGCCAUCCAUAAACAGUGUGCAAAAUGGCAUAAAAAAUAAGAUAAAAAGAUAUUUUCUUCAGGCUCUUGUUCUAGUGAGUCAGUCCACAAAAAUAUCUUAAUUAUACUAAAUUAAUCAUAUGAAGGGACGCUGACAUAAAAGUGGAAAUAUUCCUGUUUGCACCAAAGUAAAAGAUGUGUUGUGACGAUUUUGAAUAUCAAUUAAAGUAUUGGCAGUUGCCACAAACAAAUUUCAAUGUUGUGAGCACAAAGAGCAAAUGUGGUUUUAAAUGUGUUUGUAUGGUCUCUGUAUGAUGAAACAUAGUUUCCAUGGCAUUAUUUUGACAUAUUCAAGAAAAUCAAAGAAACUCACGCAGGAAGUUGCUGUGACGCUCAAUCAUCUACUUCUGAAUUAGACUAUACUGAUUUGUAGAGACAAACAGUGUUGCAGUACAGAGUUAUAUUUUCAGAUUACAGCUAUAAACCCUUUUGAAUCUUAAACACAAUAGAUAUUUUUGCCCUCCUGCUGACGUAACAACCCUGCAGAGUUGGAAGGAGACUUCUUAUCUUCAUCUGAGUUCCAGUUGUUUGAUUCAUGCAACCUCAUGGUGUACUCAGUGAAUGUGUGUGUUCUAAAACAUUUUAUGUUAAACCCCAAAAUGGCACUUCUCUGACAAUCAAAUAAAUCAUCACCUAAAGUAGCAGCCAGACUCCAAAUAGAAUGUAAAUUGGAAACUUUAAAUAAAGUUUACUUGAUACACACUAUCAAGCAAAAGUCAGUUUCAUCUUAACAGCUGAGUUUAUGUUAGAGCUAUGUUUUACAUGUGGACAAAGGCUAAUUUUGAAAUGCUUGUAGUUGAUAGAAUGCUAUUUGUCAAUAGUAUUUAUUUUUCAACUAUGUAAAUCAGCUUGCUCCUGCAUGUAUCAAAAUUAGACAGUCCCAUUUCUUUUUUUAUAGCCUGUUUUUUUAAGAUUGUUUAUAGGAUUUUCUAAUCAUACUUAUAUAGAAAACAGGAGAUGACUAUACGGCUGUCAGAAAGUAUCAAAAUAAGAUUGAAACACAUGGGUAACUGUAAAUAAACAUGUACAUAACAGAAUACCUGCAAUAAAUUAAAAAGUUUAAAGCUGUGUUUUUUGUCUGUUCUUGCUAAAUACUGUGAGCUUUUACCAGAUAUGUUUGUAAAGGUAAGCCCACAUAGGCAAGGUGAAUUAUUUUGGCUGAUUGGACUUCCUGCUGGGCUUGACUGGCAUCUUACUGACUCUCCUGAUUGCCUUGCUG